CUCAACAACAUUAAAGACUUCAAAGUUCAAACUGAAAACACAAGCAUCACCACAACCCCAUCAACAUUCCACUUCUCAAGACUCAACAACAUAAUUCUCUACAAAAAUUCAAGAUUAGGGCUUUUCUUUAAUCCCCGCAAAGCAAAAAAAAAAAUUUUAAAAAUGCCCAGUAUUCAUAGAAAGGGGCUUGUGUUAGAAAUCCCUAUCUCACAAAACCCUAAUUCAACUCUCAAAGAAGGGACCUUUGUUGGGCCAAGUCUCUUCAAUUGGCUCGUUGAAUGUCAUGGCUUUUUGCAUAAUGCGAUUUUGAUCUUGACUUCUCUUGCUUUUGUAAUCUAUUUGGCAUUUCAAGCUAAAAAGAGCUUUAGGAAGCUUUCAAAUGGGAGAUCAUCUAUAAUGAUUGCCUAUUAUUGCAGUCUUUGGCUUGUUAGCUUGCUUAAUUUUGCUUGGUCUUGCUUUCAGGCAUGGGAAUGCACUCCUGGAAAAGAAUUAUCGUGGAAUAUCUUAUCAUUGUUUACAACAUCAGGAAUGCUGUUUCUGGAAGUAAGCUUGAUCGCCUUUUUACUGCAAGGAAAUUAUGCGAGUGGAUUGGAAGAUUUGACACAACCUUUUGGUGUCUCAGCCCUCAUUGUUGGUUUGGAUAUAUUCCUCAAGGCUGUAUACCUUUUUGGAUUUGGGAUUCCUCUGUUCAUUGAUAGCAGUGACCAUUCCCAUCGCAUGAAGUGGAGCUUGUGGGUUAUCCACAGACUUGUGCUGACUGCUGUUUAUGGGUUGAUAAUGUUCAUGUAUCAUUCCAAGUGGAGGGAGAGGCUACCCGCAAGACCUGCGUUCUACAAUUAUAUUGCCAUUAUGUUCAUCUUGAAUGCACUGGCACUGUUUGCUUGUGCACUUACUGGACAUGGGGCUGGUUUUGGUUACUGGUUGUAUGGGAUCACAAUUGUAUGCUACCAUGCCUUUUACCUUCCUCUUCUGUAUGUAACCUUUUUAGCAGACUUUUUCCAGGAGGAAGGUUUGAAUCUGGAGAAUGUAUACUAUUCAGAGAUGAAAGAUGCUGGUUUCUUUGAUGAUGACUGGGACUGAAAAUUGAAAAUUACCACUGUUUUGUCUGGAAGCAAAUAUGUUGUGCAAUGUAAAUAGAAGAAUGCUACUGGAAUGUAAGAGAGAUUUGAUCAAUUUUGUAAAACAUGAUCAUUCAUGAUAGAUGUGCAUUUGAUGUACACGGCGUAUAAUAAGAAUAAGUGAACCGUGAAGCUCUGUUUUGCCCCCAGUA